AUGCCGCACGCUACGUCGUCCAAGAUCUUUCGCUCGUUCUUUCGCCGAUCCGUUUUGUCACGAAUGCAAGUCAGAGCGAUCGCUCAGACACGCGACAAGUUCCCGAUUGCACUCCUCGAAGCUUCGAUGAUCGCUUGCCGAAUCGGCAAUGCCGAUUCGAUUCAGAGAAUGUGUUACAAUCUCGAUUAAGUUUCUAAAAUGUAGAAGGUGCUGCAAUUAACUUUCGUUUGUGUUAACAAUCUUUUAAAAUAAAGAUAGAGAUUCGUUAUUCCUCGACUUACAGAAAUAUUCAAUUCGAUCGCGAACGCUUUUCCACGUCAUUCGAGUUUUGUUUGCAUUAAGAUUUUUUUAAGGGAAGGUAAAGGGUGAUAGGGAAGUAGAGAGAUUCGUUAUUCCUUUAUCUUACGGAAAUAUUCAAUUACUCGAUCGAAACGGUGGACGUUUUCCGAUUUCUUUGCUUCGCAGCAUCGUUCAGCCGGAACAAUCGCUUCGCUGAAGUUAGACACAGUUAGACGCUAUAGUUUGAACUCGAGAUACUCGUGCAGCAUGCAUUGGAAAGUGAAAUGUUGCGUUUCACCCGAUCGGUCGGCCGGUGGGGGUCGUAGGCUACGGCGAAGAUGUGGGGAUCAGUUCGCAGUUCGUGCAGUCUGACCCACUAACAUUCUCCUCAGUAACUCGAUGGGCGAUCUCUCAGCAGUCUCAGUGAUCCAGGUGUGCGGAGAAUAUCUCUCGCGGAUAAAAGUGGUCCGAAGGAGAUGACAUCGGGAGUGGUCGACGUGUUCGUUUGAAGGAAAAAGAAACGAAAAGAAGAGAAAUGCGUCGAAAUCGCAAUCUCUUGCUGCUGCUGUCGACAUGCCUGACGGUGGUCUUCAUCGUUCUGAGCACGAGACCGUCCGCGGAGCUGCUGGUGCCGUCGCGCAUCACCGAAGGACGCAGCACGUUCAAGGAGCAGGAAGAGUCACGUGCCGGUGAUGGGUCGCUCGCUCGCAGCCAGGCGCAACGGUACGUCACGCCUUCCCUCGCCGAAUUGGGUGGCUUACCGUAUAGGUACAAGCAUGUCCUCAUGCUAACACGUAUACCUGGUACAGGCGCCGAACUGAUGGUCUUGAUCCUGCAGCGUUUGCAGGGAUAUAACGCCUUCAAACAUGUACGUCUGCCACCGGACGAUCAUGGGCUUUUAUCCACGUUACAACAAGAAUUAUUGGUGGAAGAAAUUACGAGUAUCGUCAGGCAAGAAGCGAUUCCCUUGACUUUCGAUGGGACGGUGAGAUUCCUGAAUUUCUCGAAAUUCGGACGACAGGGGCCCACUUUUAUAUCUUUGGUGAGAGAUCCUCUGGAUCCUCGAAUGUGGGGAAGGUACGAAAAAGCAGAGGAAGGUCUGCUCAAUCGUGGAGCUGUAUCUCAUUUCUGCGGACAGGAACCGCGCUGCAUGGAACGAAAUAACACGUGGGCACUGGAACAGGCCAAAUCGAAUGUAAUUCGAUGGUAUCCCGUUGUUGGCAUACUGGAUUACUUGGAGGAAUCUCUGAUUGCGUUCGCGGCCGAGUUUCCAUAUUUUUUUAAGGGCGCUACUCGCAUCUAUGAACAAUUUCGGCCGAAGGAGAAGCAUCUACCCGCCUCGUCGUUAACUUUAAAACUACAAAUUAAGGACGCGUCGUUAAGGAGAGCACUUGUGCAAGAGGUGGAAUUUUAUCAGUGGUUGAAGUCCCGAUUACUCGAUAAAGUUUUCAAUAGUGGUUGAGAGUGUGCAUGCGUCUAGCGAAAUUAACGUUCAAAGUGACAAUUAACGCGAACCGCGCGAACGUCGCGAGUUUUUUGCGUUGGAAAAAAUCAAGAGAUAACAAAAACGACUUUUAGGGAUUAUGAUUUUGCAAUUAUACGCCAAAGAGACAGAUUGAGCUUCUCGUGCCAUCUAGAGAUCGUUCGCACAACUAACGUACUUCAAACGUAGAGGGUAAGUCGUCACGGUGACGUCACCUGAUGUGAUUUAAUGCAAAUGAAGUUGCAACAAUUUUUAUUACAUGCGAAUCGUGUUUAGAAAUUCGUGCACCGUGAUCGUUGGUUAAUAUUUAGAAUUAUGUUUUUCUUACUCAAGUUAUGUGAAUCGUUGGUAAUUUUUAAGCUUUGUUUCAUCUUUCAGUUACUGUAAACUAUUUGUAGACACUAAAGUCUGUUAGAGGCCGUCCCGAGUCAUGAAUAAAUGAAUAUCUAGACACGAUGCACACGCUGCGUCGCAAUUGUGCACAACUUUCACAUGUUGCAGUAUUCCUAGCACUCGGUGUACUUGACUUUCAUCGAUUUAACGUAAUAUUUCAUUUGGAGAGUGGGUAUACCUUAGAACGGGAUAAAAUGCGAACCGCGAAACCAUUACAACCAUCGUACGUCUAUCUAUUGUAAUAGAUCGAAUAAAUACAGAAGAGUACAAAGAAAUGUUUUACGUGCACGUCGUUCCCCUUCGUUUCUUCUUCUCCUCCUCUUUCUCUUUCUUUUCUUCGUACAUUUUCACACCAAAGAUACAAAAUGCAGAACACGACUUAAAACGUCUACUUAUGUACAGUAACGACAAAUGUGAAAAUGCAGCGUUGUUUUUUUUUGUUUUUCUACGCCGUGAUAUUGCGUAG